AAUUUCGACGAAAUUUCCUAUAGAAAUGAAAUUUCGACGAAAUUUCCUACUUGGCAAGAGAAAUGUCAAUGCAGUCCUGUCGGCUCAAUCGGCAAUACGUGCGACAAACGCUCCGGCCAGUGUAUGUGCCUUCCCAACGUAACCGGACGCCGUUGUGACAAAUGUAAGGCGGGCCAUUGGAAUUUAACACAAAAUGUCGGCUGUCAUGAUUGUCGCUGCGACCUGUCAGGCUCCCGCAGUCAUGAAUGUAAUCCUUGGACGGGUCAAUGUGAUUGUAAAAUUGGUGUUGGUGGUCAGCGGUGUAAUGAGUGUACCGACGGAUUCUUUGGCUUCUCCACGGAUGGUUGUCAACGUUGUGCCCCCUGUCCGGGAGAGGGUCAAAUGUGCGACCCUAUUAAUGGUCGAUGUGUCUGCCCACCAUUUAGCCGAGGUUUGGGAUGCAGUCAAUGUGUUACCGGUACCUGGGGAUGGCAACCACGAUUGGGUUGUCGUGAAUGCGAAUGUGAUCGUGUGGGUUCGAUUGGCCAGUAUUGCCAUACCAUAACAGGUCAGUGUCAAUGUCGUGAAGGUUAUACGGGCAGACGUUGUGAUUCCUGUGCAGUGGGAUAUUUUGGUUAUCCGGAAUGUCGACGUUGUAACUGCGAUGUGGAUGGUUCAUUUGUUCGAAGUGAUGGUUUGAUAGCCUGUGAUGCAAAUGGCCAGUGUCCAUGUAAAAGUUUGGUGGUUGGCCUCAAGUGUGAUACCUGUAUGCAGUCGACGUUUGGUCUAUCCGCCCUAAAUCCGGAGGGAUGUACACGAUGUUAUUGUUUCGGAAGGGCAACGGAAUGUGAGCAGAGUGAUUGGUCAUGGGGUCAUGUACGCAUGUCGGAGUCACGUAAUUUAACCGUGAACUAUAUCCGCCCUUCACAUGUAACAAAUCGUGAAUUUGAAUAUACCGUGGUGGUACAAAUGUCCGACACAAAGUCAUAUCGUGAAGAUGCUGAAAUACAAAAUAUGUACGGAUUGAAUUUAAUACCUCGAUCAACAGGAAAUGUUACAAUCGGAUCGUAUACUCAUCUCUAUUAUCCGCUGUAUUUCCAAUUGCCACCUCAAUUUUAUGGAGAUCGGAUUAAUAGUUAUAAUGGUAAUCUUUAUUUCACCCUACUCACUGAGGGUGGCUCGACGCCUUUGGAUCGUAAAACUUUGUCGCGUUAUCCUUUGGUGCAGCUACAUGCCCAUUCCCGAAUGGUUUUGGAUUUUUAUGAAUAUGAAACAUUUGAAUAUUCACGUAAUGAAACCUAUCGAGUACCUCUACAUGAAUCCUAUUGGAAGCAGCACAAAAGUGGCCAGGCCGUGGAUCGGAGUACCAUGAUGGCGGCAUUGCAAAAUGUGCGACAUAUUUUCAUACGCGGUUCAUGUUUUGCAGAUUUUACCGAAGUCAUUCUGCAAAAUGUCCACAUGGAUUCGGCAAUUUAUGUCCAUGGCUCCACGAGUAUGAUUGCCAAGGGUGUGGAGAAGUGUAAAUGUCCCAAACGCUAUGAUGGUUUGUCGUGCCAAGAUCCGGGCCAUGGUUAUUAUCGUUGGCGUAACAUAACCGAAACUGAAACGAUUUAUAUUGAGGAGCUGAUUGGACGUGCUGCUCCCUGUAAUUGUAAUGGACGCAGCAAUGAAUGUGAUCGGGAAACUGGGGAAUGCUUGAAUUGUCGUGAAAAUUCCGGUGGGAAGCAUUGUGAACAAUGUGCCGAGGGCUUUUAUGGUGAUCCCAAUUCCGCAUAUGGCUGCCAGCCAUGUCCUUGCCCUGAAACAAGUCGCAAUUUUGCCAAAGGUUGCUCUGUGUGGCAGGGUGAGGUGACUUGUGUUUGCCGCCCCGGCUAUAUGGGCAAAUUGUGUAAUCAAUGCCGGCCAGGAUAUUAUGGUAAUCCUUCGACUACUCCUGGUGGUAUCUGUAAGCCAUGUAAAUGUAAUCCAUAUGGUAUACGCCAAGAGGGUUGUGAUUCGUUAACGGGUCAGUGUUAUUGUCAGGCUGGGGUCACAGGCCUCAAAUGUGAUAAAUGUUUGGCCGAACGUCAUCAUUUGGAGGAGAAGGGAUGUCGAUUGUGUGACAAUUGCACUUUACUGUUGUUGGACUAUGUGGAAUUGAUUGGUCAUAAAUUGAGAAGAGGUAUACACAAUAUGGAUUUGACCGGCAUACCCCCACCCUUUGUCAAGGUUGAGGAAUAUGAGAGGCAAUUUGAGUUACAAAAUAGGCAUUACAAUGAUUUCAAUGAGGCCCGGAAGUUACUGGUGAAUUAUGACAGCAAUGCCCUACUGAAAUUGGAUUCCCAUGCUGAAAAUCAAAAGUUUCAAAAUCGCAAAGCCUUGGCCACCGCUGAGAAGAGGACCUUUGCCAUGGCUGUGUUGCUGCAGGAUGCUUCUCAACUUUAUUUAGAUUUGGAUUCUAUAAAAUCGGGGAUAUUGGAAAAUAUUGCCACGCUGGAUAAUUAUGGCAGGGGUGCUCAUCAUUUGAGUUUACCCUCUGCCCUGCAAGAGGCCAGAUAUUAUUUGGAUUCGAUUACCCAACAUCGUGAUUCGGUAAAUGAGAUACGUUCCGCUGCCACAUGUGCCUGGCACUACUUUUAUAAAUUUGGUAAUGCCUCCGAUAUGGCCUAUGAUCAAAAGGGUAAAAUUGAAAUGUUUUGGCGGGAUUUAAAUCAUUCGAAUUAUCGUAUAUCCGAUAUGAGGCUGCAUGUUGAUCGCACCGUUGAAAUGCAAAAUGAAAUUGAAGAUAUUUUGGAGCAUAUCAAGAAUUUGAAGAGUUACACACUGGAGGAUUAUCAACAGAUAAGGGAUCAAAAGAGAUUGGUAGAAGAUACCUUGAGAGAGGUUUUGAUACCUCAAACCGAUGUUCUGGUGGAAUUGAAUAUUGAAAAGUUGGAGGAUUUGAGUGGUAAAUUGGAUUCGAUUACAAAGUUGUCGACAAUUUUGAAUGCCACCUUGGAUAAUAAUGAGGCCGUACAUCGUGAGGUAAGGAAACAUUGGCUGCCAAAGGCCCAGAAACAUGCUGCGAGGUUAUUGGAGAGAUCAAAUGAAUAUGCCAGGCAAUUUCAGCCAACUAGGCAGGGGGCAAGGAUUGCAAUGUUGGCAAGUUCGGCCCACAAAAACAUCUCGGAUGCCAUUGAGGCCGCCCACUUGGCCUCCAGAGAGGCUCGAGAACGUGUAUAUGCCGCCCAUCACAAGUUGUAUCCUCGCAUGGGUCUCUCGGUAAUUGAUAGGGCUCGUUUGUCGCUACACAAUUCGAAUCUUUUGAAGAAACAGGCCAUGAAUAAAAUUCAGGAUACUGAUGUUCUAGAGAAGCGAUUAAAAUACCAUGAAAAUAAAGUGGAGUCCAUAAAAUCACGCAUCUUGGAGGCUGGCAUAAAAACCAACAACAUCUCUACCAUUAUACCACCCAUGCAGCAUACCAUGGCCCGGAAAAAUGCCAUUGAAAGUAUGGAUAUGGCCUCGAAGACCAGUGAAGAAAUGAAAUUCUUGACCCAAAGGACACAAGAAAUGCAUGGAGACAUACAAAAAUUACGACAUAAAUUUGCCAUUCUCGAACCAGAUUGGGAAAUAAAAUUAGGUAUGGCAGAGGAAAAUAUCUCCUUGACCAAAACAAAUGUUCGAUUAGCCAAUAUUUCGCUGACCUAUGUUGAGGAGCAAGCGGUAAAGGAACAAACGGAAUUUGAUAUUUGGAAUAGCUCUAUGGCGCGACAAAUUCAAGAGCUGCGGGAUCAAAUUACCAAGGCCAAACAUGCAGCAGAGGGUAUUAGGAUUUCCCUCCAAUCGGUGGGACCGAAAUGUCUGCGUUCCUAUUUACCCGCUUCUUAUGGUCUAACUACCUCGAAUACCAUUAAAAUAAGUUUCGCCUUGGCCAAUCGCAAUGGUAAUUCGCCGCUACUCUACAUGCAAGGUUCCGAUGAUCGUUAUAUUGCCUUGGAUUUGUUUAAGAGGCAUGUACGCCUGCUAUGGAAUUUGGGUGGUACCACGGAAAUUAUUACCCACCCAUUGGAAAUACAAACUCGAGAUCCCCAAUACGAUGAUGCCUGGUAUCAUGUGGAGGUUAAUCGCACCUUAAACAUUGGUAGUUUGCUGGUAAGGCGUAUGAACAAUUAUGGAUCAUUGGUACCUCAGACUCCCGUCACCGGCAGUACAGAUGUGGAAUUUACUCGCUUCUUCCAAACUGCUGAAGAUCGCAUCUAUUUGGGUGGUUAUCCCAAGGUUUUGAGGACCAAAGAUUUACAGCUGAGUCCUGGGCUAAAUGUGGUGGUACACAAUGUGGAGGUGGAAAAAAGGCCUUUGGGUCUGUGGAAUUUCGCCUCGAGUGAAGGUAAAUGUGGUGGUGCCAUGAUAGGGGCCCAAGAAUCCAGUUCAUCAUCAGUGGCCAGACACUUUAAUGGUUUGGGCUAUGCGGAAGUGAAGAAAUCACGACCAAGGCCAUAUCGCAAGAAUUUGUUUGCCCUACAAAUGACCUUUAAGACUUUGGAUGAGAAUGCUUUGCUUUUCCUGGCGGUGGAUGAUAAGAAUAACCGCUCGGUAUCAGUUACCCUGAGUCGUGGUCGCAUUAUGUUCCGCAUUGACUAUGGUGAUGAAUCGAAAUUGGAAAUUAACACAACGAAUAAAUAUAACACUGGCAAGUGGGUUAAAAUAGAGGCGGCACGUGAAUUUGUACCAAAACGUGGUACAGAAAAUGGCAUACUGCGUGUUAAUACCGAUCGUCCAAUAACUGGUUCCCCAACGGUACCAAUUAAGAGUAAUAUGCUGCCAGAUCUAUCGAAGGCCGUAUAUUAUUUGGGUGGUGUACCACCUGGCUUCACCUCGGCCACAUCGAAAGCACCGGGCGCAGAUAACCCGUUCUUGGGCUGUAUGAUGGACGUUCAGGUUAAUGGAGAAACUUAUGAUCCGCUGGAGGGUACAGCGCAUUAUGGUGUCGAAUCGUCGUGCAAGGAAAUGAUAACAAAGGCCGGUUUCAGAGGUCAAGGCUAUAUUGAACUGCCAGCCCAAUCAUUACGCAAGCGGGCCAAUGCUGGCUUUGUUUUCCGCACUUUGCAAAACGAUUGUCUACUGAUGCUCUCUGCCUAUCCACCUGAAGUGGAGGAGGACUACGAUGCCAAAGAUAUUAAAGGCAAUUAUUCUAUAUCUCUUGUGGAUGGCCAUCUACAAGUAUGGGUGAAUUCCGGACGUAGUUUGGUGAAAUUAAAAUCAAAUGUCUCCCUUAAUGAUGGUGAAUUCCAUGUGGUAAAUUUGCUGAAGAAUGGUCGUAAACUUGAGCUAAUGGUCGAUGAUGAAUUGCAAGAAAGUAAAAAUUUAAUGGGUACACCUACGCUGGUUAGCAUGCCACGGGAUGCUGGUGGUCUAUAUAUUGGUGGUGCACCGCCAUAUGAUGAAUAUACCCCGCUGGCGCCUACAUUUAAUAAAUUGGAGGGAGCCAUACGUGAUGUUGUCUUCAAUAAUCGUACGGUAAACUUUAAUCAAGCUUUGUCAUUUGUCAAUGUACAAAUUGGACGCAAUGGUCCGGCCAUGGGUAGUGUCAAUGGUCUGAGCGAUAUUCUGAUGAAAACUGAACCGAUGAUUGGUAAAAGUUUUACGGCAGCUCCCGAAGGAUGUAAGAGGGUCGGCAGUUAUUCCUACGAACCGAAUGCCUUCAAGUUCGGCGAUGAACCCUACAGCUAUGCCCAACUGCAAGCGCCAAUGCGUAACUAUUGGCAAAAGAAUUUCCAAAUUUCAUUCGAUUUUCGUUCAUUCUAUCCCAAUGGUCUGAUAUUCAUGGCACCCGGUAUGAAAGAUAAACAGAAACACUACCUAGCCCUAGUCCUAAAAGAUGGUCACCUAUUGUUGAUUGUGCGCGGUAGAAGGCGGGAGGAGCUGCCAUUACAUGCCAAACUGAAUGAUGGUGAAUGGCAUCAUGUUACCCUAUCAUGUACGGAUAGAAAACUAACAAUGUCUGUGGAGAUAGGAAAAACAGAUCAAAAAACUUCCGCACAAAUGAAAAUACCCAAAAAGAUAUCAGCAUCGAAUGUAAUGUUUGUGGGUGGACUUCCAGAGAAUCCACCAAAAAUGCCAUCAGAACUGUUGAUGCGCAUUGAACCGUUUAAGGGUUGUUUGCGUAAAUUUGCCAUUGCCAAUAAUACUCAGGAUUUGGCUAAGCCAGGAAAACAUCUACAUGUGGGCCAGUGUUUUCCGAAUGUGGAGAGGGGUUCAUAUUUUCCCGGAGAUGCAUAUGCCGUUUAUAAACGCAACUUCCAUGUGGGAAAAUAUUUGGAACUAGAAAUGGAAUUUAGAACUUCAGAGCUCUCGGGUAUAUUGCUAAGUAUAUCAGAACCAACCGGUUUUCCGGCAUUGUCCUUGGAGUUAUUCAAUGGAAAUGUAAUUUUCUCUUGUGACUUGGGUGAUGGCAAUCCGUUCCGUGUUGAAUCGCUGCUUCCCACCAAAUAUGCCUUGUGUGACAAUAAGUGGCAUAACAUUUCCGCCCUGUACGAUUAUGAACAGAUUGCCCUGAGAAUUGAUCAAAUGCCAGCAACAAUUGCGGUAGCUCAACAGCGGACCGCUGGUAAGGUUCAGACCAAAUCACCGCUUUAUAUUGGAGGAAUUCCUGACAUAGCCUCCAGUGGUUCCCUACUAUCACGCGAAAACUUCAAGGGUUGCAUACGAAAUGUAUCGAUACGAAAUGAACGACGAGAUUGGGUGGAUAUGGAUGCCCUGCACAAUGUACUGCUGAGUGAAUGUCUGGUAACGGGGAAUUUAGAUAGCUGAGUGAGUUCCAAAAGAAAUCCUAAAGCCCAAAGAGUAUUAUGAGAAGG